GAUUCACCGUCAAAGUCCGAUCAUUGUCACACGACACGUAAUGGAGUCGCCGAAGACAUGAGCUUGCCCUACGCUCACUGCUGCUACGUAAGCCACUACUAUACUGCAGCUGCCACUGCUGCUGAUUAUGCUGCUGCUGCUACUGCAGCUGCCACUGCUGCUGAUUAUGCUGCUGCUACUGCUGUAUACGUGUUCAUCGUAUGUCGGAAGAAUCGGUGGCAAUCAGAUAAGAGGCAAUAAGAGGCAAUAAGAGGUUAAUGCUCACAUCCAGCUGCAUCCAGUGAUAAAGCAGCAUCAUCCACGAAUUCCUACACGCCGUGGGCUUCUACCAUCAGCAAAGCACCUUCAGAGACGACUGGGUGAUGAUCAUGUGGGAGAACAUUGAACAAGAAUAUGAGCACAACUUCAACAAGUACGACGAGAGCACAGUGACGCAGUUUGGCUUCCCGUACGACUACGGCUCGGUGAUGCACUACAGCUCCUACGGCUUCAGCACAAACGGCGAACCGACAAUAAUGCCGCUGUACGUUUACCUCGACGACAUCGGACAACGAGACGGCUUCUCUGCUACCGACGUCGACAAGCUAGACGCAAUGUACUGCUAAUUGUAAUCGCCUAAGAUAAUUCUAAUCGACGCAGCUCUGUUUUCCGGCGAACACACAGCACAUCCGUGUCCCAAAAUAAACCCAUGACGAUAACGCACCUGCAUAUUUUAACCCAUGAUGAUAAUUCGCACCGGUCUAUAAACCUAUGGAGAUCACAGACCUGCCUAUAAUCCUUAUGACCAUGAGCAUGCAUACCUCUCUGUAGUAAUGCAUAAUUACUAUGAAUCUGCGGGUAAUGUUAAUGAAUAGGUAGUAGCCCGCGAGCCCAUCACAGCGACAGCUCGAUGGCUUCUUCUGAGGCUUCCGCGUAGCAUUUUGUAAUAAUCACGAAAAAAUAAUGUAAAAACAUCGCUUUAAAAUAAUAGUAUAUUAGUUCUAACGGCAACAGUAAGAGUAAUUAUGUCUGUUUCUCAUAACAACAUAAAUGUUGUUCACAUAAACGGUGGUUUGUCUGCGAAUAUAAGAAAUAAUAAAUACAAAACUGA